UCUAGUUUGUUGGAGAGAAGUUUCCUACAAAGUCUCUCCCAUGUCAUUUUAGCUAUAAAACUUCACCUGCCUCCCUCUCAUUACACAUAUGAUUUGAUCAUCCUACAAACAUCUACAACAUAAUAAUACAUCAUAUUUCUUGGAGAAAAUAUUUCAGUUACAAUACAAGAUUAUUACUUUUUGUGUGCAUUCAUUUCGCAAAUCCUUGGUUGCAAAAAGACUUGUCUAAGGCGAUAGUUUGAGGGGGUUGAUAAAGCGAUAAUACUCUGGUUAGGAGGGUUUCCGAGUUUGUAUUUUACAUUACUUUUGUACAAGAAAACUAAGAAGUAUGGGAGUUGGAGGUACAUUGGAGUAUUUUUCAGAAAUGAUGGGUGGUGGUCAUAUGCACAAGAAGAAGAGGAAGCAGUUUCAAACUGUGGAGCUCAAAGUUAGAAUGGAUUGUGAUGGAUGUGAGCUUAAAGUCAAGAAAGCGUUAUCUUCACUAUCUGGGGUGAAGUCAGUGGAGAUCAACAGGAAGCAGCAGAAGGUGACAGUUACAGGGUAUGUGGAGGCAAAUAAGGUGCUGAAGAAGGCAAAAUCAACAGGGAAGAAGGCAGAAAUAUGGCCAUAUGUGCCUUACAAUUUAGUGUCUCAGCCUUAUGCCUCGGUUGCUUAUGAUAAGAAAGCUCCUCCUGGACAUGUCAGGAAGGUGGAAUUUGUCGAAAACCCAAAAAAUGGUACAGUCACGCGAUAUGAUCAGGACCCUCUAAUGACCAUGUUCAGUGAUGAUAACCCAAAUGCUUGCUCUAUCAUGUAGAUCACUUCUGUUUUUUUCUGCCAAUUUUGAUAGUUUGAUCCUGGUGUUACACUUGGAUAUGUUAUGUAAAAUUUCCUACACUAACAUCUGAUGACUAAUAUACUUUAAUAUCAUUUCCUAUUCCAGUGUUCA